GGAAAUGGCUCUUGGUUAUGAAGCUGUCCAAAGUUCGGAUGGUGGUGCAGAAGGGAUCUGGUUCUACCCUGAUGUUUCUAUCGUGUCGAUAAUCUUUACGGUGUUGGCCAUGGUUGCAGGAGUGGUGUAUUUGUAUGAGCCGUAUUGGAAGGUGAGAAGGGUGCCUGGUCCACCGACUGUCCCACUGGUAGGACACCUGCCCUUGAUGGCUAAGUACGGCCCUGAUGUGUUUUCAGUCCUUGCUAAACAAUACGGUCCUAUUUUCAGGUUUCAUAUGGGUAGACAACCCUUGAUAAUCGUAGCAGAUGCAGAGCUCUGUAAAGAAGUUGGAAUAAAGAAAUUCAAGGACAUUCCAAACAGAAGCAUUCCCUCACCUAUUGCUUUCCCACUUCAUCAAAAAGGUCUCUUUACUUCCAGGGAUUCAAGAUGGUCGACUAUGAGAAACGCGAUAUUAUCUGUCUAUCAACCGUCACACUUGGCAAGCCUAGUUCCAACCAUGCAGGAUUACAUUGAAUCCGCUACUGAAAAUUUCCAUUUAUCUCAACAAGAUAUUGUUUUCUCAAACCUCUCACUCAAGCUGGCCACUGAUGUAAUUGGACAAGCUGCAUUUGGGGUUAACUUUGGCCUCACCAGACCACAAUCGAUCAAUGAAUCGAUCAAGACUGUGGAUAAACAAGAACAAGUCUUUGACUUCAUCAAUCAACAUAUAUACUCCACAACACAACUUAAGAUGGACUUGUCUGGUUCUAUGUCGAUUAUACUAGGUCUACUUGUUCCCAUAUUACAGGAGCCUUUCAGGCAGAUUCUGAAACAUCCAGGAACUAUGGACUGGAAAGUUGAGAGGACUAAUAAGAAGUUGAGUGGUAGGCUUGAUGAGAUUGUAUCUAACAGAAUGAAAGACAAGAACCGAGGUUCAAAGGACUUCUUGUCUCAAAUAUUGAGUGCAAAGGAAUCCCAGAAUGUGGCUAAUAAUGUUUUCACCCCGGAUUACAUCAGUGCAGUUACUUAUGAGCACCUUCUUGCUGGUUCAGCAACAACAUCCUUUACACUGUCAUCGAUCGUCUAUUUAGUUGCCGGACAUCAGGAUGUUGAGAAAAAGUUGGUUGCAGAGAUUGAUGGAUUUGGACCACAUGACCAGGUGCCAACAGCUUAUGAUCUCCAACAUAAAUUUCCUUAUCUUGAUCAGGUGGUCAAAGAAGCCAUGAGGUUCUACAUAGUUUCUCCAUUAGUUGCAAGAGAAACAUCAAAAGAAGUGGAGAUAGGAGGUUACCUUCUGCCUAAGGGAACUUGGGUGUGGUUAGCAGUUGGGGUCUUAGCAAAAGAUCCAAAGAAUUUCCCAGACCCUGAUAAGUUUAUACCAGAGAGGUUUGAUCCAAACUGUGAAGAAGAGAAACAAAGGCACCCUUAUGCUCUUCUACCCUUCGGAAUUGGGCCUCGGGCAUGUGUUGGCCAGAAAUUUUCCAUACAGGAAAUCAAACUCUCCUUGAUUCACCUAUAUCGGAAAUAUACAUUCCGACAUUCUCCCACCAUGGAAAACCCUUUGGAGCUUGAAUAUGGCAUAGUUCUUAACUUCAAACACGGUGUAAAGCUAACUGUCGCAAAAAGAACGUGAUUAUUGUAUCUGACUGAGUCAUAU